AUGAAGAUCAUUGACUCAGAGAUAGGUCUGGCGAUGAAAAUUACCAUUGCAUUUAUUGUUCCUCCAGUCCUGCUCUUUCUCGGAAAGCAUCCGAUUGCGGAAAACUACGAUCUAAGCUCACAGCGAAUAUUGGGCUCCGGCGCGGCUCCACUGACAAAGUAUCUUGUCGAUGCUGUUUACCAGAGAAUUAAGAUGCCUGUCAAGCAAGGAUACAGCCUCUCUGAGACUUCUCCAGCCACUCACAACAUAGCAGCCAAGUACAUGUCUUAUGACGAGAAAGCAGUUCCGGUGGGACAAACUGGUGAGCUUUGGCUGAAAGACCCAAAUGUCUUCUUGGGGUAUCUCAACAACCCUGCCGGGGCAAAGAAUGCUCUCACGGAAGAUAGCUACUUCAGGACUAGAGAUGUGGGGCAACAGGACAAGAAUGGGGACUUCUACAUCACCGACCGUAUCAAGGAGCUGAUCAAGUAUAAAGGCUUCCAAGUCGCGGCCGCAGAGCUUGAAGGGCUCCUUCUCGGCCAUCACGGUAUUGACGUGGCAGUCAUUGGCGUCUACGAAAAGACGCGUGCUAUAGAGGUUCCAAGAGCAUACAUUGUGCCAAAGCAAGGGAUUGAAGCGACGCCAGAGAUGGGAACGAGUAUUAUACAAUGGUUCAACGCUUGUGUCGCUGCCCACAAGCAACUGAGAGGCGGUGUCAGAUUUGUCGACGUGGUACCAAAGAGCGCAGCUGGCAAGAUUUUGAGACGUAUUUUGGUAGAUAAGGCUAAACAAGAGGCGGAGACUAUUCAGUCUAAGCUAUAG